CCGCUAUCUACCGAGGCGUGCGUCUUCAACAAGUCGUCUACCGACCCGUCCGUCCGUCUUGUUCGUCAUUUGUCGUCGUCGCAUGGUGCGACGUGGACGCCUUUGCACGCCUUGCUGUACUGCUGCUUGAACCGGCUCAGCUGCUCCCGCACCUGGUGCUCAACCCGGUCACGAUACCUACACACACACACACGCACACACACACACCAGAACCACACAAUGAGGCACACCACACCCACGUGCGGCUCUGCUGUGCAUUUGUGUGAGGUGUCCAUCUCCUCACCUGAGCUCAGCCGGCGUCAUCUGGUGGAACCUCUGCGGGUGCGUCAGAUGGUCCAAACCCCCUUCCCCGCCCUCGCCCCCUCCCUCCCCCUCACCCAACAUCAUGUCAUGCUGCCCGUGGUGACCCUGCUGGUGUGUGGGCGUGUUGCCGUUGGAUGACAGCUGCAGCCGGUCCAUGCCCAUGUUGAGGUCCAUUGCGAUGCCCACGUCGUUGCCCGAUGAGGGAGGGGGGAGGGGGAGGGGGAACGGGACGGGCAGGGGCACGUCGACAGGGCGGGCGGCGUGGCUCUGCUGCUCAGCCCACAACUGGUACUUAUAGCUCAUGUUGUCGCUAAGACGAAGCCGCUUGGCCCUAGGCAGUGAGAAUGGCCGGUUGCCGCUGCCGCUGUGGUGGACCGGCCUCCCCUCCCUCUCGUCGACAUCCAUGUCUACGUCACCACCGCCGCCCGAAUCGCCGUCAUGCGGCCGGCUCUCGCCCCUGUCGUUCUGGUAGAUGGACGCAUGGGACCGUUUGAGCCUCACAGGCGUGGAAGCCGGCGCGUUGGGCACGCUGGGCGGCUGGUGGUGGGCUGGGAAGUGGUAGGGGUCCAUCGGAUCAGCCGGACGAGGGGUGAAGGUCUUCACACAUGACACGCCGACCCUCUACGAACGGUUGCGGCGGCGAGUGGGGUGCCGGUGUUCGCCAACAGACGCCGAAGAGCGCCAAAAGAGCGCUGAAGAGAACGCAAUUGGCGAAGGUUGAAAACGGUGUGCUCCUCACAGGCUCCUCACAUCAACAACAAGCCUUGAAGGCUCCUGUUCC